CUUCUUUGCAGCGUUUUUGAAAAGGGUAAUUCCUCUGUUACAGGACAUUGCAGGGCUUAUAUCGGUAAGUGCGACAUGUGAUUUUGAUUUUGGAGAUGUUGUAAUAUUUGUGCCCAUUAAAGCUGCAGACGAAAAAAACGAUUAGUGACGUGACAGACGAGCGAAACGCAUCCAGUGGAGUUGUGGAAAAAGACCGACGACAGAGCCCUGGCGGUGUUUCUCAGCGUGACGUGAACGGAUGGGAAAACAUUGCGCUAGAAAGUUUCACACACCAGUGAAGUAGCGGAGGGAGAGCUUGAGUUAUGACUCCUUUAAUGAUCCUGUUUAAUGUUUCUAAUCUUCGCUCAUGUUCCGUGCGCAGAAAUAUGCAGAAAGAUUUGUGUGAAACCGAAUUUUUUUGUCUUUGCUUUAGGUGCAAAAGUGUCACAAUACAGAUUUAUACAGCGCAGACUGUUUCAGAGCAGUAAUAAACAGGAAAACAACGGUGGUAAUGUAUCAUAUCAGCUGCAUAAUGUCAAAUGAAUGUAUCAAAUUAAGCUUCAAUGCAGCUCUACUGAAGACAUCGUGCAGCUCAGUUUAGUUCAGUGUUGCUUCAGGUCGGAUCAAUAACGGGUUCGAUAUGCAUCAUUCAGCUCAAGUAAGUUCAAUGUUGAUUCAAUUCAGUUCAAUAACAGUGUCAGUGCUUUCUUUUCAAAUACAGCUUUGCCACUUGAUUAACACGUGCAUCAAUCAAUUUAGCAGACACCUUUUUUCCAAAGCGACUUACAAAUGAGGAAUACUACAUGCAAUUCAUCUUAAGGAGCCUUAAGCAAUUAUUGUAAUUUUCCUAGACGUAUUCAAUGAAGUGAAUGUCAUUGCCCAAUUGUGACAUUCUUAUUCAAUCGGUUGACCUCUUUGAGACCUCUUACCUUUCACUGGCCUCUGCUGUCAACUGUUACAUUAUUCCCAAGAGCUCCACUAAGAGUAAUUAAGUAAUAAAAUAGGAGAGGCUGUGUUACAUGGUUUAAUAUUGUCACAGUUCCACUUCAGCCGGCCCGUUUCUCAUGUUACAGUACAUCUUUAAAUGCUGUUAUAAAACAAAUUAAAAGAGCACAUGACCAUUUGGAACGACACAGGGGUGAACUAACCCUACAGCUUAAUUCAUAACGUUAUAUUAUUAAGCCCAUUCAUAAGUGCACAUUUAUUUCCUGACAAAUAAAAGCAGAAGUUAGUCGUGGGCCUCAAAAAGCAAAAAGUAAUAAAGACUUGCAAAGUUCAAUGAAUAUGACUGCAUUUUAAGAUGUAAAGCAGUUCUAAAAGAAACUAUUCUCAUUAUUCAGCUAAGUUUAACGUUGAUUCAAUUUAGUGCAAUGAGACACGAAGAUUUAUCAAUUAUUAAGCGAAUUAAAUAUAGCUAAAGCAGCUCUAAGGCAAUAGUAUUAUUAAUCAGCUCGGUUAAGUAGAUAUGAUACAGUUUUGAUGGUCUUGAUGUUAGAAAGAUAAUCGAUAAAAAAAAUGUACAGAAACACCCUGGAUGGAUGGAUCGUCAGUCCAUCACCACGUAGCUUUAAUAAGGCUGCCGAAUGAAUUGUAUACAAAAGUGAAAUCUGGUUUGUGGUCUCUGGUGUCUUCAGUGAGGAAUUCCCCCAAUAUAUUCGGCUGUUAUAAAGCAGAUGAUGCAUGGAUGAAGGAAUCGGCUCUGCUGGACUCACUCAUCCAGUUCUCAGCUAGCAGAGGUCAGAGAUGCUAUUUACAUUUUCCCACCAGCACUCCAGAUAUCCAUGGGCGAAGAGGUAAAGAAGGGGCGACGGCUGCUGAACCUUCUUCAAACGACCACCACCACCAUCAUCAUCAUCAUCAUCACUGCAUGCCACUCUUCAUUCGAAGUGAACCUAAACCCAGAACAAACUGAGACAUAUCUUUAGCGACAGGAGACUGUGGAACGCUCCAGCUGGAGAUCAGGGCCUGCGAGAGACCAGAUGCAACUAAAAAGUUGUUGCGUUGAAGCUGUUGUGAAAAGGAAGUUGAGAUAUUUUCUUUGCUAUUGAUGCGUGUCAAAGUGAAACGGCUAAACGUACAAGAAAAAAUGUAGGCCCUUGUUCUAGUAAACGUCAUCAGAGAUGAGACGUCUACAAGAAGAGGGGGAGGUUAUUUUGAUUAAAGAUAACGAGGGCACAUUAAUUAAAAAUGUCCAGUUUGAUUGAAUUGUGGUUUUAAAGCAACUGCGUGCACUUUUGAGUGAUUUUCACGCCUUUUCGAAUGAUGCCCUUCAUUUUUUUAUUCACAUAAAAGUCUCCAAGCAGCAACUAUAUUUAAAAAUGCAAAAUGUAAAAUUCUCCAGUCAGAAUUGACCAAAGACUGCAGAAGGGUUUCAAUGUCAUAUAAGACUCAGCAUCGAGUUUUUACUAACAAGAUUAAAAAUUCCCCUUUUGCCUUUCAUUCACAUGUUUUUUCAAACAGGCAACAGACGGUGCUGGUAUUUCACAAUAGCGUUGCCCAAUCCCAGUGCACAUCCAUCAGUUUAAUUGAAUCUUUUCUCUGACAACGCAAAUCCCUAAGAUAGCACUCAUUUAUACAGACUCAACACUUCAGUUGGAGACCCUUAUCAGCAUUCAUUUCAGUACACAAACCGUUCUUGAUUCCCCAAGAACAUGCUAUAAAGAAUUUUUUCUGCCAUGAGGAGUGGAACUUUUAAAACUUUGAUAAAAAUAAAAAUUUGAGGAAAAAUUAAGUUCUCUGAGGAACAUCAUUUACACAAUUAGGUUUCAUGCUAACCAAACAACAAACAAACACCCACACGCUCCCACCCACACACUCAUGUUCACGCACACACAUCCAGGCAUUACUCAGAGGGGGACUGAAAGUGCUGUUCGAGUAAAAGAUGAGUAAGGUACAGAAGAACUGACUUUUUUCACAACCCCGAGCUCUGACUCCUCCUCUGGAGAUGGUGGGGUGGAUUUUAGAGCUGACCGACCCAGACAAAUGCUCAAGAGUGAAGUAACUCCAGCUCAAACUCUCCUCCAAACACGCUUCCCAUCUCAGAAGCAGAUAAACGUGCUCUCUGCUGGACUGCUGGGACCCCUUCAAGAUCUUUUCUUUGAGAUUUAUUCCUGUAGCUUGGAGCGCAGGUUCCAGUCUGCAGAUAUUCAAGGGUGUCGCGAAAAAGAAAAUCCUAAAUGCUGACGGAGGCGUGCGGCCUGAUGGGAUCGGACGUCAGAGACCUGAGCUCCCUGCUUCCAGCGGUCCCGAACGCAAACUGUUCCCUGCCUGUCGGCGGAGCUCCGCAGUGGGGACCGAUGCUGGACUUCCACCCUGCCUCCCCGUACGGAUCUCUUCCCUCCCACUCCUUCGUCAAACAGGAGCCGAGCUGGGGGCCCGCAGACCCCCACGAGGACCCUCACUGCGGUCUGGGGGCCUUCACCGUGCACUUCUCGGGGCAGCUCACGGGGAUGCACGGACCGUUUGCUGAUUCUCCGUCCAGCCAGAGCAGGAUGUUCUCCAGCGGGCCUUAUCUUCCGGGCUGCAUGGACAGCCCUCCUGCCCCGCGCAACCAGGGUUAUGGUACGGUAGCAUUAGAUGGAGCUCCCAGUUACGGACACACACCUGCUCACCACAAUCCAUUCCCCAACAACACCUUCAAACACGAGGACCCCAUGUCCCCCCAAAGCACCAUAGGUGAGCAGCAGUACUCCGUCCCACCGCCUGUCUAUGGGUGCCACAGUCCUCCCGACAGUCAGACCCUGCUUUUGAGGAACAGCUUCAACAGUGAUAAUCUCUACCAAAUGACGUCUCAGUUGGAACGAGGACUUACCUGGAAUCCCGUCAGCUCACUGACACCCAGCAUCAAGAGUCACAGUGGUGGUUAUGAGGCUGAAGCGCCUGCAGGAGCUCCGCUGGUGUACAGCUGCAGCACUCAGUAUCACAUACACACACACGGUGUGUUCAGAGGAGUACAGGACGUGCGGAGAGUACCAGGCAUCACUCCCUCCAUUAAAUCAUCAGAGAACAGUGAGAAACGGCCUUUCAUGUGCUCUUACCCCGGCUGCAGUAAGAGAUACUUCAAACUGUCCCAUCUGCAGAUGCACGGCAGGAAACACACAGGUGAGAAGCCCUACCAGUGUGACUACACGGGCUGCGGACGCAGGUUUUCCAGAUCCGACCAACUCAAGAGACACCAGCGCAGGCACACGGGUGUCAAACCCUUUCAGUGUGAGACAUGUCAAAGAAAGUUUUCACGCUCGGACCACCUUAAGACCCACACUCGGACUCAUACAGGUGAGAAGCCGUUCACGUGCCGCUGGCCCAGCUGUCAGAAGAAGUUCGCCCGCUCAGAUGAGCUGGUCAGACAUCACAGCAUGCAUCAGAGAAACGUGAGCAAACUCCAGUCUGCUGCUUGAGACGCUGUACAUACACUGUAUACAUAAACACCCUCAACAGUUAAGAGCUUUCAGCCGGUGAAGAGAGAAAACGGUUUUAUCGAAAGUUUGGCUUUUUGGAUUUCACACGGAACGCUGCCAUUCGCUGAAGUGCGUGUCUGCAUCAUUUUGGGUCAUCUCAUUUUGUAAAUAAGAUUUUUUUUGCCCAUUUGUAAUAGUUGUUUUUUUACAUAUAUGGAAGUUAAUUGCACUGGGUAUACUUGUUUUUUUAUUGUUAUUUUUUUUUUUUAAAUGGCAAGACGUGCCGGGUCGCUUUCAUUUCUUAAUUGGGAAAAUAAAUGGCGGAUGAGUGAGAAACAUCUAGUGUAAAAAAAAAAAAAAAUUCACAUGCACUGCAAUUCCUUUGUAUAUAUUUGUUAAGCGUCAAGUCUUUCUUAAAAUGCCUUUUAUAAUAAACUACAUUAUAGAUCCUCAGGAAA